AUGGCUGCUUUGUCACUCUCAGCUGCGUUAGGUUCUUGUGUUCUUAACAAUGGCAUCACUGGAACAUGGAAAUCGCCUUCUGCCAGUUUUUCAACUGGUAAGAUUCACAAGACUAAACCUGAAUCCAAUACACAGAUAGUUACAAGAAAACAUAUCUUGGGGGAUUCGGUUACAAAUGCAUUGCAAAGUUAUCGGUUGAGUAAGAUAUGUGCUUCCAAGACUUCUAUCGAGCUGAAGGAACAAUUAUCUACUAGGAGAGCUCAGAUCGAUGACCUAAAGAAGGUAACAUCGUAUCUUUUCAGGACGAAAUCUGGUGCUCUUGUCAAAGUGAAAGUUGAGAAGAAGAGAGAAAAGUCCAGCAUCAUGGUUUAUGUCUCAUCUUUGGAACUAAGUGGUGGUGACGACAGGAGUAGACUGGUGAUGGUUUGGGGUGUAUACAGGUGUGAUUCUUCGUGUUUCUUGCCUCUGGAUUUCGAAAACUCUUGCCAAGAUUCACAAACCCACACAACAGAGACACCAUUUGUGAAAAGCUCUCACUCUCAGCUAAUGCUGGGGCUAGAAUUCGAUGGGAAAGAGUCUCCUUUCUACCUAUCAUUUCAUCUGAAGUUAACGUCCGGAAAAGAUCCGGUCGGUCUAGAAAUGCUGACACACAAGGACACUAGCUUCUGUGUCCCGGUUGGUUUUACUGCUGGUCAUCCAUUGCCACUAGGCCUCUCUUCUGGUCCAAAUGAUGACUCUUGGAACUUUGCCUUCUUUUCAAGAAAUUCAAGUGGCGUUGUUUUGUGCUUGUAUGAUGAGAGCACAAGCGAUAAGCCUGCGUUAGAGCUUGAUCUCGACCCUUAUGUCAACCGAACAGGUGAUGUUUGGCAUGCUUCAGUUGAAAAUGCUUGGGAUUUUGUGAGAUAUGGGUACCGUUGCAAGGAGAAUGAAGAAGUCGAGAUUGAAGCUGAGCAGGUUGUUUUGGAUCCAUAUGCCAUAGUCAUUGCUAAAUCCGUCUCUCAGAAGUUUCUUGGAAGUUUAUCUAAGAACCCUUCUUUUGACUGGGGAGAAGAUGUGUCUCCAAACAUACCACUGGAGAAACUCAUUGUUUACCGGUUGAAUGUGAAGAAUUUCACGCAACACAAAUCCAGCAAGUUGCCCACUAAUGUUGCAGGGACUUUCUCUGGUGUAGCUGAGAAAGUGAACCAUUUGAAAACCCUUGGAACCAACGCUGUUCUCUUGGAGCCAAUAUUUUCCUUCUCCGAGCAAAAAGGUCCUUACUUUCCAUUUCAUUUCUUUUCACCGAUGGACAUGUAUGGUAAUGGACCUUCCAAUGGCCUCGAAUCCGCAGUUAACUCAGUGAAAGAGAUGGUGAAGAAACUGCACAGUCAGGGGAUUGAGGUACUGUUGGAAGUAGUUUUUACACAUACUGCUGGAUCUGGAGCUCUUCGUGGAAUUGAUGACAGUUGUUAUUAUUAUAAGGGAAGGGACAGUGAUCUAGAUUCUAAAAGUUACUUGAACUGUAACUUUCCUGUUGUUCAGCAGUUGAUUUUGGAGAGCCUGCGUUAUUGGGUGACUGAGUUUCAUGUAGAUGGGUUUUGUUUCAUCAAUGCUUCGUCUCUCUUGAGAGGCGUUCACGGUGAGCUCCUUUCUCGUCCUCCUUUGGUUGAAGCAAUCUCUUUUGAUCCACUGCUCGCAGGAACAAAACUCAUUGCUGAUUGCUGGGAUCCACAUGACAUGAUGAUGCCAAAGGAAGUUAAGUUCCCGCAUUGGAAGCGAUGGGCGGAGCUCAAUUCAAGAUACUGUCGAAAUGUAAGGAAUUUCGUGAGGGGAAGAGGCGUUCUUAGCGACCUGGCUACAAGAAUCUGUGGUAGUGGUGACGUAUUUACCGAUGGAAGAGGUCCGGCUUUCUCCUUUAACUACAUUUCAAGAAACUCAGGACUCUCUCUUGUAGACUUGGUCAGUUUCAGUGGCCCUGAGCUAGCUUCCGAGCUAAGUUGGAACUGUGGGGAAGAAGGAGCAACAAACAAAUCAGCUGUUCUUCAAAGAAGGCUAAAACAAAUCCGCAACUUCUUGUUCAUACAGUACAUUUCACUUGGAGUUCCGGUGCUCAACAUGGGAGAUGAAUGUGGAAUCUCUACAAAGGGCUCGCCUUUGUUGAAAUCACGGAAACCCUUUGAUUGGAACAUGUUACCUUCAGCUUUCGGUGCACAGAUCACGCAAUUCAUCUCCUUCAUGACUUCGGUUAGAGCAAGGAGAAGCGAUGUGUUUCAAAGGAGAAACUUUUUGAAGCCUGCGAACAUUGUCUGGUAUGCAAAUGACCAAACAACUCCGAACUGGGAAGACCCUGCUUCCAAGUUCUUGGCAUUGGAGAUCAAAGCCGAGACAGAGGAAGAGACAACAGCGUCACUGGUUGAUCCAACUGAGCCAAAGAACAAUGAUCUGUUCAUUGGAUUCAAUGCAAGUGACCAUCCUGAGACUGUGAUCUUACCUUCGCUUCCAGAUGGAAGCAAAUGGAGGCGAUUGGUCGACACAGCUCUUCCUUUCCCUGGUUUUUUCUCUGUUGAAGGAAAGACCGUUGUAGCAGAAGAAGAGAUGCAGCAACUGGUGGUGUAUGAGAUGAAGCCGUACAGUUGUACCCUUUUUGAAACCAUCGAUUCUACUGCUUAG